CAUUUUCCGUCAUCUUCUCACGCAACGAAAUUACCAGUAAACACCGAUAGAUUUAUAGAUCCAAUACCUCUUCGAAUUUCUCAGCUCUUCUCUUACAUACCCUAACCCUAGAUUUCCGUUCCUCAGCUCCUCAGCUCCUCAGCUCUUUUUGUACUCCAAUGGCGACCGGAGAAGAGCCCAUUGCUCCCGUCGAGCCGAAUCCCGAGCCGGCCCUCUCCGAACCUGUCGAGGAUAAACCGGCCGAAACCAACCCCGGCAAGUCGAAGAAACUCAAGGAGCCCAAAGCCAAAAAGCCUGCUGCUCCUAGAAAGCCUCCCUCACAUCCUCCUUACGAAGAGAUGAUUAAGGACGCGAUUGUGUCUCUGAAGGAGAAGACGGGUUCGAGUCAGUACGCGAUCGCAAAGUUCAUAGAGGAGAAGCAGAAGCAGCUUCCACCGAACUUCAGGAAGCUCUUGCUCUUCCAUUUGAAGAAGCUUGUGGCCGGUGGGAAGCUCGUGAAGGUGAAGGGGUCGUUCAAGCUUCCGGCUUCGAAGUCGGCAGCGCCUGCCGUCGAGAAGAAGAAACCGGCAGCGAAGCCGAAGCCAAAGCCGAAAGCUAAGCCUUCGAAGCCGAAGACUAAGGAGGUGAAGACGACAACUAAAGCGCCGGCGAGGGGUAAGGCGCCGGUGAAGCCAAAGGCGGCUGCAAAGCCGAAGCCAAAGCCAAAAGCGGCUGCAAAGCCCAAGGCUGCUGCUCCAAAGCCGAAGGCAGCUCCGGCUAAGGCCAAGCCGGCGGCGAAGCCGAAGCCCGCUCCAGCUAAAGCAAAGCCAGCUGCGAAGCCGAAGCCGAAGGAGAAGCCGGCUAAGGCCUCGAGGACGUCGACGAGGACCUCUCCCGGGAAAAAAGCCCCGGCUCCGAAGCCUGUGGUGAAGAAGGCACCGGCGGCCAAGAAGACUCCAGUUAAGAGCGUGAAGCUCAGGAGCGUAAAGUCGCCGGCGAAGAAAGCUACAACCAGGAGGGGAAGGAAGUGAGAGAGAGAGAGAGGAGCUUAGUCGUAGUAGGGGUAGCCUUGUAAAUUUCUUGAGCUUUGAGGGUGUAUUUAGAUCCAUAUAUGCCCAUGGAAAAGAAAUAUUUUUAUUUUUAUAUUGUUAUUUGUAAUUUUUUUCUUUGCUUUUUUAUUUUAUUUUUAUUCGAGACAGUUUCAGUUGUAUUAUUAUUCAGUUAAGUGGGGUUCCUAGGAAUCAAUUCCGAGCUUGAUGUUUUUCGUGUUCA